AUGCCUUAUGAGGCACUAGAACAAUUCCAUGCACUUCCAAAAGGCUAUCACAUGCUAAUAGUAUGGUUCAUGACUUCCAAACAUGCCUUACCUAGGCGAUACAAUGAUCAUGCACUUUCACAUGCAGAUACAACUUUUUCAUGCAUGAGGCACAAUCUUGAUGCUUUUGCACCUGCCGAAAAAAUACGGCAAAAGGCCAAACGUCGGUCGUUGACUACAGAUGACUUAUUGGAAAUAUUCACAAAACCUGAAAUCCAUCAAAGAUUUUUUACAUCUCAACCACAAGAAAGGCCGACAAAUGGUGCACUUUUUGCAGUUCACAAGCAAAGUCUUCCAGUGUUUAAAAAUGACGGUUAUCUCUGGGCUAAGGAAUCUCAUGGGAACCGCAUGGUUGGCCGUGUUAAGAAGUUCGAGUGUUUGUAUGCUUGCAAAAAAGGAGAUAAAAAUUUUAAGAGGCAUAUAUAUCAGAUGAUUGAAGGGGAACAUGGAGAUAUAGUUCUUAUUCAUUACCGAUAUGACCCGAAGAAUCAAGAAAACUGGAGACGCGGCACAAAAAUCUUCCCAGUAACCUCUGGAUGUGUCAACCACGACAACUAUCAAUUGCCUUUGGCUCCAAAAACUGCAGAUACAGGCGACCAGAAUAGCAUCCAGGCUAAUGCUCAACCUUCAGAUUCUUCCUUUGGCAAUGUCAACUAUGAAAACUACCAAUUGCCUUCACCUCCAAACACUACAGAUUCAAGUAACCAGAGCAACAUUCAGGGAAAUGCUGAAUCUGCAGAUAUACAGCAGGAUUUGAUGCAGAUAACAGAUGCAGAAUUCUUUGACAUUGUUGGUCAUGACAACUACCAAUCGCCUUUGGCUCCGGAAACUGCAGAUCCAGGCAACCAGAACAGCAUUCAGACUAAUGCUCAACCUUCAGAUUCUUCCUUUGGGAUUGUCAACCAUGAAAACAACCAAUUGCCUUUGCCUCCAAACACUAUAGAUUCAAGUAACCAGAGCAACAUUCAGGGGAAUGCUGAAUCUGCAGAUAUACAGUGGGAUUUGAUGCAGAUAACAGAUGAAGAAUUCUUUGACAUUGUUAGUCCUGACAACUACCAAUCGCCUGUGGCUCAGGAAACUGCAGAUACAGGCAACCAGAACAGCAUUCAGGCUAAUGCUCAACCUUCAGAUUCUUCCUUUGGGAUUGUCAACCAUGAAAACUACCAAUUGCCUUUGCCUCCAAACACUAUAGAUUCAAGUAACCAGAGCAACAUUCAGGGGAAUGCUGAAUCUGCAGAUAUACAGUGGGAUUUGAUGCAGAUAACAGAUGAAGAAUUCUUUGACAUUGUUAGUCCUGACAACUACCAAUCACCUGUGGCUCAGGAAACUGCAGAUACAGGCAACCAGAACAGCAUUCAGGCUAAUGCUCAACCUUCAGAUUCUUCCUUUGGGAUUGUCAACCAUGAAAACUACCAAUUGCCUUUGCCUCCAAACACUAUAGAUUCAAGUAACCAGAGCAACAUUCAGGGAAAUGCUGAAUGUGCAGAUUUACAGCAGGAUUUGAUGCAGAUAACAGGUGCAGAAUUCUCUGGCUUUUAUAACUUUAAUUCAUCUACAGCUAAUAACCUCCCCAAUCCUGCAACACCUGGUAGCCUGAGUGGAUUUCCAGAGUUGAAGAAGCAUAUGGAACCGUCCUCAGAGAAAAAUAAGAAAAAUCUUAAACGACCGAUUGAAAUUCUGGGAGAGCAUCCUGCCAAAAGCUUUGGUCAAGAACAUCAAGAUCAUAUGAGUUUUCAACAGAGCACAGAGUUGCAGGAAGACCGGAACAAUUGUAAACGCAGCAAGAAGCAGCAUAUUGUGGCCACGUCAUGUUCUCCGCCUGGUACUGUUCAUCACAACAUUCAAGGAUCUCCUGCAUCGGGAGGUGGCGUGCCUUUUAAAAAAGUGAUUGAGAAUGAUCUCCCUCCAAAACUUAGUAUACCUGUUAGGCCUUGUGAAUUGCCAGAGUUGACAAAGAAUGUGGAGCAGUUUUCAGACUUGAUUUUCCCUGCUGUGGAUCAUGCUGUUUAUUUUGGCGACACAACAAAUGAAAGUCUAUCUAAAAGAUUUAAAAACAUGUUAUCUCCAAGUUGUCCUGACAGAAAUAUGGCCAAAAUUUCAUUAAAAAAGAUAUUUCAUUUCUGGCUGCAGGAGCAGGCAUUUGAAGGUGAGAAUGGGGUCACUGUUUUGGAUGAGGGUGGUGCAGGUAUGAUACACCUGGCAGCUGGUCUUGGCUAUGAUUGGGUGAUAGAAGCCUUAAUUGCUGAAGCUAAAAUUGAUAUCAAUUUCAGUGAUAAAAAUGGAUGUACUGCACUUCAUUGGGCAGCAUAUUGUGGCAGAAAGAACACAGUUGAGUUUCUCAUCUCUAAACAUGCAGCUCAUGCAUUACCAUCUUUUCCACCUGGUUCUGGGGAAAACACACCGGCGAACUUGGCUUAUGUGGCUGGGCACCAAGAAAUUGGUGAUUUUCUUGAAGAAAUAGUAGAGCUCUCAUUGACAACCCUGGAAUUUCACUUUGAUGAGUGCAUUGUAUAAAUUAUCAAUUAUAGAAUGCUCCUAAAACUGUUAAUCUUUAAGUUGUUGUUUGGAUGAAAAGACAGUUAUUAAUGUUUUGUAAUAAUUAGUUGGGAUGUGAAAGGUGACUGGAAAACCAUUAUUGACAAGUUUUUACUUCCUUA